GAAAGCGGUACACCAAGUUGGGAACAAAUAGUCAGAUGCAUCUUUCAUGCCUAGGGUUUCCACUUACGUUGGCAACGGAAUGGUCUCCAUCUAAAGUUCUGGCAGGUAGUAGUGGGCCUAUUUGGAAACCCGAUCCUCUGCUCUGUCUCUCGAGACAAAUUUAGUCGGGAUAAAUGGAUCCUCACGCAAAAGGAGGACACACACACACACAAUGCUGUGAUAAUAACACUGUAUCCGCCGGGAUUAUUGAGGUAACAACCACACAAGUUUAUUGUGAUCCAGUUUGGAAAUCCUGUAUCUUUCGGGCUUCAUUUUUCUCCUGCAAACUGAUGGCCCUAACAUCAGAGACGAUGACAGAGAUUUGUCUAGACCUGGACUGCUUCGACGAGGAGAGGAAACUGUACUCGGCAGAAUCACUGAACGACCUCCACAAGAUGAACUUGUGCUCCAACCCCAAGGACCUGCUGAAACUCACAGAACAGCCAAUGAGCUCUCAGACCACACCCACUGCUGAGGAAAGAAGAGACUGCCUGGGUGGUGUGACGCAGCUGGUAAAUGUACACAGUGCUGUUGGCAUCGAAGAGGAGCGCAUCAAGACUCUACACACCAGUGAUGUAGAGGAGGGCAGUAAAACAUCACACACUCACCCUCGACCCAGACUGUUCCUCAUCCUCUUCAUCCUCCCGACUUUGGCUCUGCUGCUGAUCCUGGUGCUGUCUGCCUACGCUGUCUUACUCAUGGUCGAGACAGCAUCUAGGAUGGGUGAGUUAGCAGGCGUUAGUGAGGUGGAGAGGACUUACCUGGAGGAGAUGAGACAGUGGAAGACUCUCCUUCAGCAGUACCUGGACCUCAGCCAGAACCACUGCUCAUAGUGAGAUACAGGAGGCCAGGGUGCAUUGGAAGACACCUGUGAGUGAGCAGCACGAGCCAGCUAGCGCUCUGGCAGUGGAGCCAACGCCUCAGCGGGAACCCGACUUUAUCUCCUCUUUAGAAACAUUGCCUAGGAGCCCAAAACACAGCCACCCUGACAGGAAGGGAGAGACAGGAGCCAAUACUGAAUACUUUACCUAUAUCAUGUGCUAAACACCCUUUCAUUCCCUUAAUAUGCUGGUGAGUGAGACUAUUCUGUACCCUUUCGUAGCCUCCUUACACUGGUUAAUAAAAACAUUAUUAUACUU